AUGCUCAACGAGAACUACCCGUCUCAGUACCCUAAGUACUUCUUCUCUCAAAAUAUUUCGACAGCCCUCAUUCCAGCCAAAAAAAAAAAAGAGCACGAAAACUUAAAUCAGAGCGCAGCAAAACAUUUAAGGACUCUAUUGCCAGAUGGCUCGACAUCGACAAACCUAAAAAACCAGACACCACCAAAUGAAAAAACAUCUCCGAAGACCAAGGGUAAAAGAAAUGCAUUGCAUGAUGUCACCGAUAAAGGUAAUCAAGUCGGUUCAAAAACUCCGCCUCGAGCACCAUCAACAAUACCUUCCAAAUCAAAUUCCCAUCUUGAAGGGUCAGAUGCAGGAGUGAUUAACAGAGAUAGUAUGCAAAACAUAAAAGGAGUGGCAUGGAAACGACGAAGAGAGAAUAGACUUGUUCAUUUAACGGAAGAAGUAAAUGAAAUCAAAAGGUCUAAGAAUGAAAAUAAUAAAAAAAACGAAAAUAAUAAUAAAAACGAGAAUAAUGAAGAUAAGACAAAGAGUGUGAAGUUGAAAGAAACAAUCGUAAUUGAAAAUGGAGAACAGAUCACGACGAUUGAUGAAAUUGUAUUCAACAGUACGGAAUAUGUCAAUAUUGCAAAGCAGAGAACAAUGGAAGAAAGAGUUAGCUGCUUAGUGCCAGUAGUUUGGACGCCAGACGUUAUUCAGAAAAAAUAUUUGGUUCCACCUUAA